UAUCUAGCUAUAUUAUAGAUAGAUCUAGCCUAAAAUUUGACUAAAAACUAAAAAAGACUAAAACUGAAAAAAAAAAGAUUUAAUUAUCUCAAACUCAAGUAUCAUCUAAAAUAAAUUCUAUUUCUUGAUCUAUGUAUAUACUUAUAGAUUUAUAGAUCUAUCUAGGGGUCUAAUGAUAAUCUAAGACCUAAGAGUUAAGAAAAGUUCUGAGAGCAAUACAUACUUACUAAUAGUAUACUGCUAGAAUUUAAGUGUAAUAUUAUAUAUAUAUAUAGAUAUAUCUAUAUAUAUUAUAUAAUAUAAUUGAGAUUUAAACAGAGUACAAGGUCCAUCUAUUCUAGAAUCUAGAUCUAGACUUCUAUAUUUUGAGACCUACUCUAUAGUCUAGAUCUAUUUCACUAAAAUCAUAUAAUUUAAACUUAAAAGAUUAGGCUAUACUGAUCCUUAAAAAUGAGAAAAAUAGGUCUAGACCUGAAUGUUGCUAUUUUUGUAUUAGUCAUUAUUGCCCAUUUCCACAUACUUUAUGCAGCGAAGGCUAAGCGACAGACUGCAACUAAAAGACCUCUUAGAUGGGUGACUAAAGAUUAUGCACUUGAGUAUUUGACCAGAGACAUGUCUGAAAUGGAUUACUUCAAAAGUGACAUUUUAAAACCAAUAGUUGUAGAGAGAGUUUCAGGAACGGAGGGAAACAGACUUGUACAGGAGCACAUAACAUCCAUCCUGAAGAAACUUAGCUGGACAGUAGAACUUGAUACAUUUGAAGACUCCACACCGUAUGGAACAAAACAAUUUACUAAUAUAAUAGCUACAUUUGACCCCUCAAAGCCAAGGAAAGUGGUUCUGGCUUGUCACUUUGAUUCUAAAUAUUUUGAUAAUAAGAAAUUUGUCGCUGCCACAGACUCAGCAGUCCCGUGUGCUAUCUUGUUAGAAACAGCUAGACAGCUGCAGUGUCUAAUGGAAAAAGGUUCAACGGAUAAAAGUUCGGUAUCAGAUCUGACACUACAGCUUCUCUUCUUAGAUGGAGAAGAAGCAUUUAAAGACUGGACCGCUACAGACUCUAUCUAUGGUGCAAGACAUCUGGCCAGCAAAUGGGAAAGGGAAAGUGACAAUAAGGAUCCAAAUGUGAAGAAAAUAUCAAGUAUAAGAGAAUUUAUCUUAUUGGAUUUAAUUGGUACAACAGACACACAGUUUAAUCAACAGUUUGAAAGUACCCAAGAACUUUAUAAGCAUCUUGUCAAAAUAGAGGGUCAUCUUCGCAGUAACAAAUAUUUAACUGGUGGUCACAAGGGCCCUAUUUUCUCAUCUCAAAUUGGCUGGGGAGGAAUAGAGGAUGACCAUGUUCCAUUUAUGAGACGAGGUGUGGAGGUGCUCCAUUUAAUAUCAACUCCUUUCCCAAGUGUCUGGCAUCAACCACAGGAUGACUGGAGUCAUCUGGAUUUCAACCUCAUUGAUGACUUCAGUCGUAUCUUCAGAGUUUUUGUGUCUAACCUGCUUCAUCUGCAGCCAGAAGCCAGAAGUUGUCGGAAAAACUUAUAGCAUUGAGAGGAAAAAUUCUGAACUGUGAUUGGCCUGCAGAUGUUUUGUCAUCCGUUGACCUCCCCUUGGACCUACUUUUAUUUAUUAUUGAACUGCUGUGUUCUUCAAUGUUCAUGUUUUAGCUUUAAUUCUGGUGUGGGUUUUUUUUUUUCCAUUUGAUUUAUUUACAUUUUACUGAGAUGACAUGCACAAACAUUCCAGUGUGUGAUUUUAUAUUUCUGUUGCUUUUUAUCUUUAAUGGUGUUGGUAGAAUCAGCUGAGAAAAUUAAGUUUUAAGAUUUGUUAUGAUGGUAUCUGUUGGCCUACAAUUUAUUUGAUUGUAAUUUUAAUACCAUAUAUUUAGCCAUUUUAAAUGAAGGUUUUAGGAGGAUGAUGAACAGAAAUAUUCUGAACCAAAUAGUGGACUAAAAUAGUUAAUUAUGUUUAACAUAUUGAAUAAAACAAGAUAAAAAUACAAGAAUAUAACAAGAAAUAAAAUAAAUUGUUUCAUAAAUAACUGCACAAUUAUGCCUCAACAUUGAACUGAACAGCUUUAUUAACAAAACAACCAUUUACUUUUUGAGAAAUGAGAGGAGACUUAGAUAUAGAAUUACAUAGACAUAUUUUUGUUUGUUCUAAAACCCAGGAACAUCAGAAUUUAAGAAGCCAUGUUCAACAACACUUUUUUUUUGUUUUAAUGCUUAUCUUUCAUACUUGUAGAAUGCUCAGUCCACUAUGGUCCAAUCUCUUUUGUGGACAAGACCAGUGAGUUGAGGAGGUAUCUGGGAUUAGGUUGCCAUGUUGCAUUUAGGUGCUCAGCAAACACAACUCUGCUCAGGUUUGGUUUUGGACUUAAACCCCUUUAGCCAAACCGUCUGUUCCUCUCAGCCACAUAUCCUCCAUUUAAGGUUUUGCUCAAGCUUCAUGUGUGUCUGAUAGUAAAUACAUGUAGGCUAUUUCACUACCCUCCAUGUAUUUACUAUCUAGUGAAUUACCCUACAUAAGUUUAUUAUCAACUUUGAAUGUAAAGAAGUGGGUUUUAUGGUGCAAAAAGGAAUUUUUUUUAAAGUAUUUGUUAGUUAUAAUGUUUUUUAUUUGCCAUGAUGAUUUUUAAUACCUUAUGUUGUGUAACGAAUAGCCACCAUUUAUUAAAUCGCCAUAAUUCAGUAUAAUUUAAAACUGUUGAUACUGGCAGCGUUGUGUAAAAAUAUACAAAGCUCAUAAUGUUCAAAGUGGCAUUAAUUUGAGUUUGUACUUUCCCAUGAGUUUGUUAGCUAGUAUUUAGGGAAAGCAAUGCAAUGACACGUAUUAGUUUUAGAUUUGUAUAAAACCCUGGCUGUUCACCUACAUUGAUUGAUUUGUUGAAAAUAAAUACUGUUUAAAGCAUCAGCUAUUUAAAUAUAAUUGGUUGUCUUAAACAAUGAACAUAACACAAGCAAUACUUACUGCACAAACAUCCUACUAUUAACAGUUUAUUGACUCAAACCUGUUUCAAAGAAGCUGUCACACUUGAUGUUUUGUCUUUGAAAAAAAUAAACAAGAAAUAUAUUUUACAUAUUAGAUCUUUUUUUUUUGCCUCCUUUUUUCAGACUUUUGUUGAUUAUCCUUAAUUUAGGCAGCCUGGUCAUGUGUUUGUUGCACUCUGAACUGUUGUCUUGUUGGUCCAUGGUUCAAACCCUGCAUACAGCCAUCCCACACUGUCUCCCAUGAGGUUUGGGCCAACAUCUAAUAAUCUUUAAUUCUGAAGGAACAUCCAAGACAUGUAAAACACACAUCUCUCUAUUACUCUUGCCUCAAAGCAACUAUGAUUAUUUUCUAUUUACAAAACCUAUAUUAUUCAUUUGGAUAUAAACCAUUAAGAACAAGAGAAACUCAGGUCUAUUAAAUGAUUUAUUGGUGAAUCAUUGUCAUUAUAACAACAAAUCUAACAUUUACAUUCAACACCAAAAUAGUGUGGAACCAUUAUUUACACAUUUGUUUUGACAUCAACAAGUUUAGCACCUUGACAAGAACAGAGCAUCAACAGUAGACUUAGAAUUGUAGCAACAAGUAGACAGAAAGACUAAUAUCUACAUAAAAAAAAGGAGAAAGAGACAGACAUAGUCAAAGAGAGGAGGGAUCAAUUCAAUUUAAAGCAGUCUUUCAAAAUAUAUGUAACAAUCUUUCACUCUUCCAAUAAAUACAAAAAUAUGUAAAAAUAUAUACAAUCAUUUUCAACUGUUACAGUUUUGUUCUUCAAAGUACUAAGUACAAAAUGAAAAUAAUACCAGCCUUAUCAUCUGAACUGUUAC